UGUCAUAGGAUCCUGUAAAGCAGCGGAGAAACACACCAGGAGUUCACAGAUGCUGUCAGACCUGCUGAGUUUUUCCAGCUUUUUCUGUUUUUAUUGCCUAAACGUUAUCUGGCCGGCAACUAAUACACACCUAGACACAAUGAAAGCUACAGCUGGCAUUGCUGUGUGCAGCCUGACAAACUCCCAGACAGUCUGAUUCAGAAACCCCGGGCAAAGACAAACCAAGAUGGAGUACGAGUGGAAACCAGACGAGCAAGGGCUCCAGCAGAUCCUGCAGCUACUGAAGGAAUCGCAGUCUCCAGACACGGCCAUCCAGAGAUCGGUUCAGCAAAAACUGGAGCAACUUAAUCAAUAUCCAGACUUCAAUAACUACCUGAUUUUUGUGUUGACAAAGUUAAAAUCGGAAGAUGAACCCACACGAUCUUUGAGUGGUCUGAUUUUGAAGAACAAUGUAAAAGCACAUUUACAUAAUUUCCCAAAUGGGGUAACCGACUUCAUUAAAAAUGAGUGCCUGAAAAACAUUGGUGAUCCCUCACCCUUAAUAAGAGCUACUGUUGGAAUCUUGAUUACAACCAUAGCCUCAAAGGGUGAGCUGCAAAACUGGCCAGAUCUCUUGCCUAAAUUGUGUGCACUUUUAGAUUCAGAAGAUUACAACACAUGUGAAGGAGCCUUUGGUGCUCUUCAGAAGAUAUGUGAAGACUCUGCUGAGAUUUUAGACAGUGACAUUCUGGAUAGACCUCUCAAUGUCAUGAUUCCUAAAUUUCUGCAAUUUUUUAAACACAGCAGUUCCAAGAUUAGGUCUCAUGCUGUUGCUUGUGUGAAUCAAUUCAUCAUCAGUAGAACUCAAGCUUUGAUGUUGCAUAUCGACUCUUUCAUUGAGAACUUGUUUGCAUUGGCUGGAGAUGAAGAAUCUGAAGUGCGGAAAAAUGUAUGCCGUGCACUUGUUAUGCUGCUUGAAGUUCGGAUGGAUCGUCUGCUUCCUCAGAUGCACAACAUUGUUGAGUACAUGUUGCAGAGGACACAGGAUCAAGAUGAAAACGUAGCAUUGGAAGCGUGCGAAUUCUGGCUAACGUUGGCUGAACAGCCCAUAUGCAAAGAUGUACUUUCUGGACAUAUGUCUCUGUUGAUACCUGUCCUUGUGAAUGGGAUGAAAUAUUCAGAAAUUGAUAUUAUUCUUCUUAAGGGUGAUGUUGAGGAAGAUGAAGCUGUUCCUGAUAAUGAGCAGGAUAUUAAACCUCGCUUUCAUAGAUCUCGAACCGUUGCUCAGCAGCACGAAGAGGAUGGAAUUGGUGAAGAGGAGGAGGAGGAGGAUGAUCUCGAUGAUGAUGAUACAAUUUCUGAUUGGAAUUUAAGAAAAUGUUCCGCCGCUGCAUUGGAUGUGCUGGCUAAUGUUUUCCGGGAUGAAUUGUUGCCACAUGUUCUGCCGCUGCUGAAAGAGCUGCUAUUUCACUCAGAUUGGGUGGUGAAGGAGUCUGGAAUUCUGGUGCUUGGAGCUAUCGCUGAAGGCUGUAUGCAGGGUAUGAUCCCUUACCUACCAGAGCUUAUCCCUCACCUUAUUCAGUGCCUCUCUGAUAAAAAAGCUCUUGUGCGUUCUAUAACCUGUUGGACACUCAGCCGCUAUGCACAUUGGGUAGUAAGUCAGCCCCCAGAUACCUAUUUGAAGCCAUUAAUGACUGAACUGCUGAAGCGUAUCUUGGACAGCAAUAAGCGAGUGCAAGAGGCUGCCUGCAGUGCUUUUGCUACCCUAGAGGAAGAAGCUUGCACGGAGUUGGUGCCAUACCUUGGUUACAUACUUGAUACACUUGUCUUUGCUUUUAAUAAAUAUCAACACAAGAAUCUUCUAAUUCUGUAUGAUGCUAUUGGAACCCUUGCUGAUUCCGUGGGGCACCAUUUAAAUAAACAGGAGUACAUUCAAAUGUUGAUGCCUCCUCUCAUUCAGAAGUGGAAUAUGUUGAAGGAUGAAGACAAAGAUCUUUUUCCCUUGCUUGAGUGCCUCUCUUCUGUUGCCACUGCCUUGCAGUCUGGCUUUCUUCCAUACUGUGAACCUGUAUACCAGCGUUGUGUAAAUCUUGUCCAAAAAACUCUCUCCCAAGCUAUGCUGCAUGGUUCUCAGCCUGACCAGUGCGAGGCCCCAGAUAAAGAUUUUAUGAUUGUGGCACUUGAUUUACUGAGUGGUCUGGCAGAAGGCCUUGGAGGAAGUAUUGAACAGCUGGUAGCACGGAGCAAUAUUUUAUCAUUAAUGUACCAGUGCAUGCAGGAUAAGAUGCCAGAAGUACGACAGAGUUCAUUUGCCUUGUUGGGUGAUUUAACAAAGGCCUGUUUUCAGCAUGUGAAACCUUGUAUUGCUGAUUUCAUGCCAGUUCUUGGAACUAAUCUGAACCCAGAGUUUAUUUCAGUGUGUAACAAUGCCACAUGGGCAAUUGGAGAGAUCUCCAUUCAGAUGGGGAUUGAAAUGCAGCCUUAUGUGCCAAUGGUCUUGCACCAGCUGGUGGAUAUCAUUAAUAGACCUAACACACCAAAAACAUUACUGGAAAAUACAGCAAUAACAAUUGGUCGUCUUGGUUACGUUUGUCCUCAAGAGGUGGCCCCCAUGCUACAGCAGUUUAUAAGACCCUGGUGUACUUCCCUGCGAAACAUAAGGGAUAACGAAGAAAAAGAUUCUGCUUUCCGGGGCAUUUGCAGUAUGAUUGGUGUCAAUCCAGGAGGAGUUGUGCAGGACUUCAUUUUUUUCUGUGAUGCAGUUGCAUCUUGGAUUAGUCCAAAGGAUGACCUUCGAGAUAUGUUCUACAAGAUCCUUCAUGGUUUUAAAAAUCAGAUUGGGGAUGAGAAUUGGACCCGCUUUUCAGACCAGUUCCCACCUCCCUUGAAGGAGCGCCUUGCAGCGUAUUAUGGAGUCUAGCUGUGUACGCUGUUGUCAACCCAUACUCGUGGUCUUUCAAGCUGGGAAGUCCAUAGGGAGACUCUGCACCCAGGGAAAAAGUUACCCUUUACGGGGGGGGAAGGGUAAACCAGUGGGACAUAUAGUACAAUCCCAACCCUACUGGGACGGGUGGGAGGGAGGUGUUUAGCCGUCGCACUGUUCAGUCGACAUUGGGGAAAGUUGAACCCUGAAGUCUUUUUCGAUGGACAUUUGUCUCUUCUUUUUAGAGCUUUACACCAGAAGAGAAGAAACAAAGGAAGACAUCUGACCCAAAAACAUCAUGUUUCUGACUAAGGGAAAACGCAACAAAUGCAGGAAUAUAGGCUUCAAAAGUGGGUUUAAGUGCAGAGAGAAAAUCAUAAUCAUUAGGUUAAAAGUUGGCAGCCAGAGACAUGGGGGUUUUACAUACAGACUAAGGCUGAAGGUAAGAAUUAAGAAAACACUCGGGGAUUAAUAGGCAUUUGCAUGAAUUUAGGAGAGCUACAAAAAUGACAAUGUUAGCGCAAUUCAAAAGUGCAGCUUGUUUCCAAGAUUAAUAGUGAACAUCUAAGUAAAAUCAUAGACAUUAAGAUGUGAGUUUCUGAUGAAGUAACAAUAUCAGUCAUAAUGAAUGACUAGUGAUUGGUAACAAGGCUAAAUGGCUCAAAACCCUAAAUAGCUUAUUUUUUCACUGAGUGGUACGUGCAUAUCAGUUAAAGUUUGACAUAUCUUUAGUUUUGCAUUAAAAAAAACACCAGAUAGUAUAAGUAAUUGGGUUGUAAUGCCAGUGUUCAGAUUUUUUUUUCUAAAUGAAGAACUACAGUAAAUCUUUGUAGUGUACAUGUUCGAUUUAAGGUACAGGCAUGUAUUUGGUUCACUGUGGUUAACAGUAAGGUUGCUUUGUUUUAGUGGGGCAUUGGUCUAGCAUGUGUGCAUCAUAGAGAGUGGAAAUGGUAAGGUUUCUUUCCCACUAGAAUUUUUUUUAGUGUUGCAGCUCAACAAUAUUACUAAAUAGACUUUGUGUAAAAUACCCCGAGGUUUUUCAUAUAGGAUUUUAAUUUCUGUUAAGGUUAUUCAUAGGUAUAACAGUUCGUAAGGAUUUGAAAUAUCUUUAGGAUCCAGUAGGGUUAAGAUUGUUAUUGUAUUGUGUGUAACCUGCACAAUGUGGAAAGCUGAAAUCUCCAUGCAAAUCUGUUGCCUCUGUGCUGUCAAUGUGAUGUGCUUUCUGCAUGGUUAUAUACUAUUGAAAUUAAUAGAACCUCCAGAAAUAAAAGAAUUAUGUAGUAGGACAAUUGAGGGCUGCAUAAUUAGAUGGCAUGUAAGGACAUUGUACAAGUGUUAAGAGACAGGUUUGCUUUAUUUAGUGUUUUUAAUCCGACUUGAUUGGUAAUAUUUUUGUUCAAAGCAUGAUCUCGUGAGAUGCUUAUUGUCCUGUACUGAGUCUUAAGCAGGAUAGAUCAAAAUUUCAAUCUGGAAUAUAUGAAACAAAAUUGGCACACUGGUGGCCCUUUGUGCCAUAAAAGCUGCAGGAGUACGAAAUGAAAUGGAUCCGUUUUCUUUAAUUUGUUCCACUUUAUGUUGCUUUCUAUACUCCUUUGUGUAAAUAAAUCCUUUUACAUUAAAUUCUGCCCCUUUCCCCCUUA